CCAGCUGAUAAUCUAAAAACACUUUGAAAAUUUCGUGAAUAAUUUUUUUAGUGCUUAUUUAUACAGCCCAGUGUUUUCCAAUAUCUUAAUAUUUUAUCAUUGGCUAAGAAUGCUUCCUCUAUCCUAGAAAGAGCACUGCGAUUGAAAUUCAAAGAUUGAGGUUAAUCCUCUGAUCUGAUGUAAAAAGAUCCAAGAUGAUGUGGCAUGAGGCUCGUAAACAAGAAAAGAAGAUACGUGGCAUGAUAGUAGAUUACCAUAGAAGGGCAGAAAGAAGGAGAGACUAUUAUGAAAAAAUUAAAGCGGAUCCAACUCAAUUCCUGCAAAUUCAUGGCAGGCCUUGUAAAAUUCAUCUAGAUCCAGCUGUAGCUGCUGCUGGUGACAGCCCAGCAAACAUGAUGCCGUGGCAGGGGCAGGUUGAUACGCUCAUUGAUCGUUUUGACGUGAGAGCCCAUCUUGACUUUAUUCCACAACCUCAGGAUGAUGAAGAGGACUCUCCUAAUAUCGAAGAACGUCAGUCGAAUUAUGAGCGCUACCGCAUCUUAGUUCAAAAUGAAUUUUUAGGAGUACCAGAGGAAAAGUUUUUGCGACAGCUUUACCUAGAAGAACAGUUUGGACCUGUUGGUGGUCAGCAGUCCAAAGAACCUCCUCCCAAUCCUGACAAGAAAGGGAAGAAAGUGCCAGGGGCUGCCAUUGGAUAUGUUUAUGAAGAUGACAGUCCAGGUUUGGGAGUUGGAUCAGGUUUGGGCCCCAUUCCUUUACCUUCAGCCACUAUUCCACCCCCUCUGGCAAAGAAAUUGGAUAAAGAUGAUCCAAAAAUUGAUGAAAAUGCUGAGGAUGAAGACGAGGAUAGUGAUGUUGACUUUGAUAUGUGCCUGGAUGUUAGUAAAAUUGACACAAAACAAGCUCACGAAAUGAAUCAUUGUGGUCUUAGUUAUGGAAUGAGUGGCAACGACUUCUUCAGUUUUCUCACAGACGAUUUUGAAGAGCAAGAAGCAUUAAAACUUGCAAGAGAACAGGAGGAGGAAAAAGCAAUGUUUGCCGGCCGUAAAUCUCGUAGAGAAAGAAGAGCAUUUCGCGAAAAAAAGCUGGUUGGUCGAAAAAUUAGUCCUCCAAGCUAUGCCACCAGAUCAAGUCCCACCUAUGACCCGUAUCGCAUGUCUCCAAAUUCAAGAUCUAAGUCUAAAUCUCAAAGUAGAUCACGGUCAACCUCUCCUGUGAAUGCUGGUGAGAUACAGUAUAUCACUUGCUUUGGUGGAGAGGAAGAUGGAGCUGCUACAGGACUUCCCACAGACAAGCUUAUUUCCAAGCCAACACUCAAGGAACCUGCCAAGAGAGCUACCAAACGAUCACAUUCCUCCUCAUCUGACCGUUCUGCAAUCAGAAGGUUCAAAAGAAGAUCAAAAUCUCGAUCUAGGUCCCACUCUCGUUCUCGAUCUAGAUCUUUGUCAAGAAUUAAAUCAAGUGAUAGACGAAGGAGAGGGUCUAGUUCUAGUUCUUCUAGAUCAUCUUCUCGUUCUCGUUCAAGAUCUCGUUCUAGAUCUCGUUCUAGAUCUAACUCGAGACUCCACUCCAGGUCAAGAAAGAGGUCUUCUUCAAGAUCGUCUCAGGAUAGCCGGCACCACUCUAGAAGAUCUAGAUCAAGGAAUAGAUCACGUAGUUCUCGGAGACAAAGAAGUUCAUCUAGGUCAAGGAGCCCAUUGAGAAAUAGGAGGAGAAGUAGUAGCAAUAGUUUAAGGAGAUCUCGUUCCCCAAAGUCAAUAGGAAAGAAAAAUGUAUCCUCUGACCAUCAGUCGCAGCCACAGCAACCAGUUCAAAGAUAUUAUGGUCGCCGCAAGGGUGAUACUUCAUCAUCAGAUCUUGAAGCUUCAGAUACUGAGGAUUCUUCUACUCUCUCAGAAAGAGUAGGAGCUUCAUCGGGAAGUAACCUCAACAAGAGUAAUCGAUCUGGAUCUGGUAAUUCUCGGCCUGCAGCCAAAGUAUCAAACUCUGUAGGCACUAUAAGUGCUUCAAAAAUGACUCCUCAAGAGAGGCUUAAGAAGAAAAUGCAAGCCUUACUUAACAGGCAAUAUAAGGCAGACAAGAAAGCUGAAAAGGCCCGAAUGGAUAAAGCUGAACAAGAAAGAAACGAUCGGAAGGAGGAAUUGAGAGAAUUAGCAUUAAAAAUGAGAAGAAGAGAGCGUCAGAAGCGUCACAAGAUGAGGGAUGGUGAUAGUGCUAGUGAUGACGAAGAUCGUAGUCAGUGGAGCUCUGAUGAUUCUGACUCCAACAGUGAUAAGAGUUCUCCAACGCGCUCAAGACGUUCUCGCUCUCAGUCUCCUGAACGCAACAAAACUACUGAAUCCAGGCAUAGUAAAUGGGAUGUACCAAACCGUAACUUUCUUGAUGAAAAAAGGAAUAGAGAUGAAUCAAGAAAGGAAGACCGUUUCAAGCGAGAUGAAACUAGCAAGGGGAGUAGUAGUAGUGGAUAUGGAAACAAUUCAUUUAGGAAAGAAGAAAACUAUUUCAGAGAUGAUGGGAGUAGUAGUUAUCGCCGCGAUGACGAAAGCUACCACAGAGAUAGUUCAAAUUAUAGAAGAGAGAUGAGCAACCAUAAGAGGGAUGACAUGAGUACAUACAGGAGAGAUGACAACCAAGGGGGACCCAGUCGAUUUGACUCCUACAACAGGAGAGACUUUGGAAAUAGACGAUAUGAUAAUGAUGGGUACCGGGGAAGAGAGGAUUCUCAUUUUAAAGGAGCCGGGCGAGGGGAUUGGAAUCGGCGCGAGGAUAAUUACUCUAAACCUCGUUAUAGUGGUCAAAGGAGAGAUGAACAACAAAGCUAUGAUGAUCGACGCAGUGAUUCUAACAAGCCCAAGCUUGUAGAUUACUGAUCCAAGCAAGUUCACCUUAUACCAGCAUUUUAAAACACUUCUCAGAACUUUUGCUUAUGUCCUUUGAUUGUCAUAUGCUGCUGCCGUUUCUUAAAUAGAGCACUGGGUUAAAAAACUUAAGUUUCCUGUUUUUAUGUUGUUUGUUUUCUGUUUUGCUUGUAUUAUGCCAGUGGGUUUAAAGGAGCAGAACUGGAAAACAGGAAGUUAUAAUGUUUAAUUUUGAAACAUGUCUUGCUCAGUGUUAUAAUAUAUACUGUGAUGUAUUGUUAAUUUACUUGUAUUGUGAAAUAAUGUGCAUGAAAACUGUGUGUGUGAGUUCCAAUGGGAGGGUGUUUAAAAAUUUGUUUGAAUGUUGCUCAAACAAGUAUGUUUGAACAAACAACUUUAAAAUAAAAAGUAAAUGAAGAAAAAUUACGCAUCUUAAAA